AUGUUGCUCACGAAUGCUUUGAUCGCGUUGGCGUUGACUCCUUCGCUGGUGUCGGCGGCGCUUUUCCCGAGAGAUAGUAAAGUGAAGUCGUUGGAUGAGAAGGGGUUCAGGAAGGCUAUGGAGAAGCCGGAAACUAGCGUGGUUGCGUUUGUUGCACCUUGGUGUGGGCACUGUCAACGAUUGGUUCCUGAACUGAGCAAAGCGGCGAGCUCGCUGGCCCCGUUGGUGCCCACGUAUGCGGUGGAUUGCGAUGAUGAUAAGAAUAAGCGGUUAUGUGCGGAGCAGGGCGUGAAAGGUUUCCCAACAAUCAAGAUCUUCCCCCGGGGUAAACACCUGAACCCCAUUCCAUACGAGAGCGAACGGUCAGCGAGUGCCAUCUUUAAAGCUGCAAGCCUCCGAAUCGCCAACCCACCAAAGAAGCUAUACAAGGCUGCAGAGAUUCAACCAUGGGUGGAGAAGAGCACGAAGAAGCCGAGGGCACUGCUGUUGACGAAAGACUCCAAGGUCCCUCUACUCUGGAAGGUCCUCAGCAACAAAUACAGCGGGAAGCUCGAUCUCGGAACACAUCGUGAUGAGAAGGGCGAGGCUGCGUCUGCCCUCGGUGUCAGCGAAGGUGGAAAGGGAUCCAAGGUCCUCAUCUACGCAGCGGGCUCUACGGAUCCCGUUCUCUACGAAGGUGCUACGAAGAUGGAAGCUUUGAGCAAGUUCUUCGACUCUGUGUUGGACGGCUCUGCGGACCUUUCAAACGUUAUUAAGAAGGAACGGGCGAGUGAUGAACUAUAG